CAAACAUGCAUUCAAAAAAGUUAUUGCUCUUCUUUAGCUUUGGACUCCAUCUAAAAUUAUUUCAAUAUGCCGGAUUGUUAGUUCAAGGAGAAAAUGUAAACGCUAUAUUCAGGAAAAUCGAAUGUACAGACAGUGAUCCAGAAUUACUUGCUGAUAAUAUAACAUGUCGAGUUAAGGCCAUUAGUCGCAACUUGUAUCAUUUAAAUAUGCAUUUUUGGGUAAUUAAACCAGCGGAUAAUUUAAUCGUUCGUAUAAAAGUUUUUAAGAAAAAUAACACUUUUCAACCUUUUCUGAUCGAUAUUGAGGAGAAUUUUUGUGAUUUUCUUUCAAAAAAACAUGUCUCAGUUUAUAUGAGAAUUAUUGGUGAUAUGUAUUUUCCAUAUUCCAAUGUAAAUAAAUCGUGUCCAUUAAUGGGAGAACAAAUAUUUAAGGACAUGCCUCUUAAAUUAAAUAAAAUACCUUCGGUGUGGCCAGCUGGAGAGUAUCGCCUUGAUUCUAGAUUCUUUAGAAAUCAUAAAAGUGUGCUUACAAUUCGUUUUGGAUUUUAUGUGCCGGCAAGUUUAGGUGAAGGAAUCGGUAGAAGAUAAACAUCUUGAGUUUUGUAAUCACUCAUCAGUAACCCAGU